GCUUCUCCCUCUCGCAGUGCAUGCUGGGUGACGACAGCAGCCACUUCUCUCCCCGUCAUGGCGUCCCUAGUCUUGCGCCAGUGCGUCCGCUCCUCGCUGAGGUUGCUCGCCGCCAACGUGACGAUGAGAGCAGCCGCCGUCCGACCUCUCUCCCUGGCUGCGGACAGCCGCAGAACGCGGUUGCUCGGACAGAGCCAGUUCUCUUCGUUGUUGCCAUGCCGACACUACGGCGACCUGCCCCCCCUCACCCUGGACACCAUCAAGGAGCGCGUCAUGUACGUCCUCAAGCUCUACGACAAGAUCAACCCAGAGAACCUGAAGACGUCGUCGCACUUCAUGAAAGACCUGGGUCUGGACAGCCUGGACCAGGUGGAGAUAAUCAUGGCCAUGGAGGACGAGUUCGGCUUUGAGAUUCCCGACGGGGAAGCGGAGAAGCUGAUGUCACCUGCAGACAUCGUGCAGUACAUCGCGGACAAGAAGGAUGUUUAUGAGUAACGAGUCCCAGCAGCGGGACCAAAAUGUUCUCCAGUGUUUGUGCUUCAAUGUUUUCCCAAACCUCUUCUUCCUUCCAUUUCUUCACAAUAAGUUAAUAAAAGACAUCCAACACA